AGUCACUUACGGUACAUCUUCUGGACACUGUCCAGUCUAGGAAUCGUUCUGUCCAUUGGGCUUCUUGGGUUCAACAUCGCCAAGAAAUCGCACAGGUCAGUGUUGACUUGGUACAUUUGACAAGGUGGUUGGUUGGCUGACUUGAUCCACAUAUGCGAUACACACAGGGGAUACGCACAGGCGAUACAUACAUACGAUACACACAUUCGAUAUACACAUUCGAUACACACAUUCGAUACACACAUACGAUACACACAUUCGAUAAACAUUUGAUACACUCAUGCGAUAUACAAAUUCGAUACACACAUAUGAUACACACAUACGAUACACACAUUCGAUACACACAUUCUAUAAACACAUUCGAUACACACAUUCGAUACACACAUUCUAUAAACACAUUCGAUACACACAUUUGAUACACUCAUGCGAUAUACAAAUUCGAUACACACAUAUGAUACACACAUACGAUACACACAUUCGAUACACACAUUCCCUAAACACAUUCGAUACACACAUUCGAUACACACAUUCGAUACACACAUUCGAUACACACAUUCGAUACACACAGGCGAUACACACAUAAGAUAUGCACAUACGAUACGCACAUAGAUACACACAUAGGCGAUACACAUAGGCGAUACACACACGCGAUACACACAUACGAUACACACAUGAUUGUUAAUUGUUGGAGUGGAACACAUAAGUUUGUUGCUUGCAAAGACGAACAUUUUCCCUUGGUAUUCAAUUGUAAAAUGCGAGAUCUUAUAUGAAAGAAUAUGUCACUUAGUAAAAUUACCCAUUAGCACUGCCGAUGUAUAAAAACGGUAUUUUUUUUAAAAUAAUAAAACCACCAUCAAGAUAAUGAAUGUUUUUUAUGGACUUUUAUAUAUUUUUUAAUUUGCUUGACAUAUUUUUUUUUCGUCAAGGAUCAUCAAAAUGUCAUCACCUCGCCUCAACAACAUCAUCCUUGUGGGGUGCAUGGUUGCCUACAGCACCAUCUAUCUCCUAGAUGUAGAGGGGGAGGAAGCUCAGCCGGCUUGUGUGGUAGGCUGGAUGUGUGGCUUAAUGUUUGUGUGGUUUUUUGGGGACCAGUGGGGUAAUGUUAGUAGUUUUUUGGGACCAGUGGGGUAAUGUUAGUGGUUUUUGGGACCAGUAGGGUAAUGUUAGUGGUUUUUUGGGACCAGUGGGGUAAUGUUAGUGGUUUUUUGGGACCAGUGGGUUAAUGUUAGUGUUUUUUGGGACCAGUGGGGUAAUGUUAGUGGUUUUUUGGGUCCAAUGGGGUAACGUUAGUGGUUUUUUGGGACCAGUUGAGUAAUGUUUGUUGUUGGUGGGACCAGUGGAGCGAUGUUUGUUGUUGGUGGGACCAGGGGAGCGAUGUUUGUUGUUGGUGGGACCAGGGGAGCGAUGUUUGUUGUUGGUGGGACCAGGGGAGCGAUGUUUGUUGUUGGUGGGACCAGGGGAGCGAUGUUUGUUGUUGGUGGGACCAGUGGAGCGAUGUUUGUUGUUGGUGGGACCAGGGGAGCGAUGUUUGUUGUUGGUGGGACCAGGGGAGCGAUGUUUGUUGUUGGUGGGGCUUGAGCCUCAUGUUAAAAGGUGAUGGUACGUGUUGAUACAUGUUUAGGGUUGAUAGUUUCAUGUUUAAAAGAUCUUGAUGCAUGUUUGUGGUUGAUAGCUGCAUGUGUAGAGUUUGAGAAGUGUGAGGUAGUUUCAUAAUUCUAUUUAUGGGAUAAGGAGACAUGUUUGUGAUUUUUUUUUUUUUUAUUGUUUGAUUUUUAUGUUUGGGUACUUUGUUUGAGAAAUAUUUCAAGUAUAUUUUUUUAAAAUCAAUUGGAAUGUGUUAAGAUAUUUGUUAUAAGUAGCUGGUGCUGUCGGCUGGGCAAGGGUGUUAAGAUAAUAUGUGUUAGAAGUAGCUGGUGCUGUCGGCUGGACAACGGUGUUAAAAUAUGUGGUAAAAUUGUAUGGUGUUGUUGGGGAGGUGGGUAGUAUGUUAAGAUGUGUGGUAAAGGUAUCUUGUGGGGGGGGGAAGUAGAGUGUUAAGAUGUCAUGUUAGUGGUUUUGAUAGUGGUUUUUGGUGUUAAGGUGUGUGGUAAAAGUGUAUGGUGUUGUUUGGGAGAGGGGGGUAGUGUGUUAAGAUGUGUGGUAAAAGUAUCUGGUGUUGUGGGGGGAAAGCGUGUUAAAUACAAUAAAAAUUAUACGUUUCGUACCAUAUCCCAGAUUAUUUGUCUGUGUGUUCUACACCCCGAUGUAAUGUAUGCAUGAAUACAUCCGACAGAUUCGAACCUUCACCAUUGUCUUCAGUUUCUCGUUGAGUUUUGGCGCCUUGUUCGCUAAGACCUGGCGGGUUUACGAGAUCUUCACAGCGGG